GUAACAGAGAAUGCUCACAAGCAAAUAAACCUGUUGGACAAGGUGUCUGACUCACAAAUAAUGAAUGACAAGCUGUUAUACUGCAACUGAAACAUUUCUGAGACUUGGGAGACUUGUACUGUAUUGUCAGAAUUGAAAGCGAUCUGCCUGCGUAAGUACGUCUCAACUGCUUAUUUUUAAAAGGUAAUUGUCCAUUUUAUAUUAUAUUGAGGAUAGAUGUUGGCUGCAAUGUCUGGAUCAUGUUUCUAGAAUGAAAGCACUUUCCAGGUGUGUCAACAUUUUACAAACUGAAUGUCCACAUGCUCAUGUAAGAAAAUUGGACAGCAAUUACUUUGAUUACUUUGGAUUGGACUGUAAUUAUGUGUGUUAUGUGUUGAAGAAGUGAGUGAAGUAUAUCUCACUCUGUUAAAUAAUGUCCCUUCUCUCACAGGCAGGUAGAAUCACGAUGGAAUUUGCUUGUGGGUUUGUUUAUGUGCCGCCAGCACUGAGUCAGAAAGACGGCCAACGACCCAUUGCCCAUGUCGUUAAACGCUCAGCACUUCUACCUCCCGUUAACCGGACUCGCCCUCGCACUCCUCCUCCUCCUCCUCCAACGACAAACUCUGCAGAAGUCAAAUCAUCAAAAUCUCCCCCCUUUCCCCUCCAAAUCAUUGAACAGUUGGAGAAGAGUAAGGGAGUAAGGACGCUUGUGAAGUCCACUCCCUUCUAUGAGAAUGCUGAAUUUCACCGUAAGUCAGGGGCAGCUUCCUCCAUCAUUACAUCUCCUCAACAGACAACAUCUCCUCGAAAGACAGCUCUUCUUCCACCACACAUGAAACCUGCAGCAAACAGCCAGUCCCCUCCUUACAGCCAGCCACUCCCUUCAUCCAACACCAACAAUCAGAUAUUUACCUACGACCUCCCUAAAGAUCAGCCGGAUUUAAAUGCCCAGCCCUGGGACCCAAACUAUUCAUACAGUAUCCCAGAAGGAACUGGAGGCGAGGUGAACCUGCCAGCUGUUACUAGCAGUGUGCCAGGCCAGACAUCAGCUCAGUCCACAGCCCCACCUCUCCCAGCAAGACCUUCAUUCAUGAGGUCAGUACCAGAGUAUCUGGUGCUGUUACCUUCAACCCACUCAGCUUCUUCAUCCUCUCAGAAAUUACCUUCAGCCCCGUCACUUACCACAUCAACUACCGCAGAUAAGGGGCCUCUGCAAGGAAAUCCCAAUGUGAUGCUUGUCAGUUUGGGAAAAUUGCUCUCAGAUGAAAGAGUGCAGCCCAUACAAGGAGAACCCACCUCUUGCUCUCAGUGCGGCUCUGUGUUGGACUCCGGCUAUGACAACAUGGUUAAUGUGUGUUACUUCUGUCAGUCCUGUAACUUGACCAGUCCUGCCAGUAUACCACAGUGUCCCACAAAUGGUUACCAGGAUGGCCUCUUUUUGCUCACUCCUGAUGAAAAACCCCUGAGUGCUGCUGACGCAUUGCUGCUCUUCUGCAUCGACACCUCAGGCUCCAUGAGCCUCACCUGCCAGGUGUCAGACGGUGAGCACGUUGUCCACAGAUCCCGUCUACAGUUUGUCCAGGAAGCCGUGUUUCAGUGUGUUGAGAGGCUAAGUGUACAACAACCUGACAUACGAGUGGGACUCAUCACCUUCAGCUGUCAGGUGACAAUGCAUGGAUACGACAAUUUCACAUCACAUUUCCUGAGCGGCGCAGAGCUGACUGACAGUGACUAUCUGAAAGCGGCUGCUGCCAGUUUCCCCAGUCCACCUCCACUGUCACAGACCAAGGACUUCUUACAGAGACAAGUUCUGGGAUUAACUGAAAGUGGGACCACAGCUCUGGGUCCAGCUGCUCUCCUGGCCAUUGCAAUGGCUUCCAGACAGCCAGGGUCCAAGGUGAUCAUCUGUACAGACGGGAAGGCAAACACAGACUUAGGGAAUCUAGAGGUGGAGGAUAACGAUGCUCGCACCCUCCUCUCAUCCACCAUCUUCUACCAGGAGCUGGGAGAAUAUGCUGCCAAUCAGGGCGUGACAGUGUCUGUGCUGUCUAUAGAGGGAACAGACUGCCGGCUGGAUGAGCUGGGAACGCUCGCUGAUCGCACUGGAGGAACAGUGGUAAUAGCAAGUCCCAGUAGGUUGCAUCCAGAGUUUGAGCAGAUUAUUGAGAACAGGACAACAGCGACACACUGUACUGUCACAUUACUGCUGCCCAAAGCACUGCGUGUGAGAGGAGAGAAGGAGGCAGGACAUAAAGGGACCAGAGAGGUGGGGAAUGUGGACCCAAAAACAGAGAUCACUUUCCAGUUUGGAGCCAGUGAACAUGAUGCAGAAGCGCUGGCUUCUGGUAGCCGUGUGUCCAUCCAGCUGCAGAUCAGGUACAGACGGAGGAACGGACAGACAAUGCUCAGAGUGUUCACUACAGAACGAGAUGUUACUGAUGACAGCUCGACGGUCCUGUCCUCUCUGUCUCUGGCCAUCAUUCAGCUCAACUCGUCACAGGCCAGCGCUGCUUUGGCUGUCAGAGGACGCUUCCUCGACGCCAGGAGGGAAGGCGAGCUGCAGAGGAAGCUGAUCGAGAGAGCGAUAGAGCAUAACCGCAGUGCAGAAGACAAACAGACAUAUCAAGAAUGGGUUAAAACCAUGGAGCCAAUAUACAACAACAUACAUAACUUCACACGGAGAAAAUCUGUCGUUUCAGACUCACAGUCUCUAACAGAUGCUGGUGCAGCGCUGCUCUACACCAUGAAGCACAGCAACAGGAAGUCUAUCUCUUUGAAGGAUAAACAUAAACUCUAGCCAACUGUCAGCCGCCACCUCACUAGAAGAUAAAUACCGCUGUUUGAUUAUCUGGCUGAAUAAAGUCUGUUGAAAUAUCUCACAAUGUAA